GGACUCCUGCUUCAGGGUGCUGCGGGCCCCGCCUACGCGCUGACAAGCAUCGCGAGACUUCCGGCUCUCCGCCCUCCCGGCUUACUUCCGGCGUUUCUUGGCGACGGCCGUAAGUGGCGGGCGGAAGCGCCCACGAGGCCCGCCGUAAACGGCCGCCUCGCGCCACUUCCGGCCGGCUUCCGCCGACGGCGCUGGUGGGCGAUCGUGAGGCGCCGGAGGACGUUCCCGGUGGCCGGAGCCAUGGAGAUGCCGCUGCCGCCCGACGACCAGGAGCUGCGAAAUGUCAUCGACAAGCUGGCGCAGUUCGUGGCCCGCAACGGGCCCGAGUUUGAGAAGAUGACGAUGGAGAAGCAGAAGGACAACCCAAAGUUCUCGUUCCUGUUCGGCGGCGAGUUCUACAGCUACUACAAAUGCAAACUGGCGCUGGAGCAGCAGCAGCUCAUCUGCAAGCAGCAGGCACCAGAGCUGGAGCCGGCUGCUGCGCUCCCACCCUUGCCCCAGCCGCCGCUGGCCCCCGCGGGCCCCGUUCCGCCUGCACAGGGUGCCCCCUCCGUGGAUGAGCUCAUCCAGCAGAGCCAGUGGAAUUUGCAGCAGCAGGAGCAACACCUGCUGGCACUGCGGCAGGAACAGGUGACGGCGGCUGUGAACCAUGCGCUGGAGCAGCAGAUGCAGAAGCUGUUGGAGGAGACGCAGUUGGACAUGGGCGAGUUUGACGGCUUGCUGCAGCCUAUCAUCGACACGUGCACCAAGGAUGCCAUCUCAGCCGGCAAGAACUGGAUGUUUAGCAACGCCAAGUCACCACCGCACUGUGAGCUGAUGGCCGGGCACCUGCGCAACCGUAUCACGGCAGAUGGCGCCCACUUUGAGCUGCGCCUGCACCUCAUCUACCUGAUCAACGAUGUCCUGCACCACUGCCAGCGCAAGCAGGCGCGGGAGCUGCUAGCCGCACUGCAGCGGGUGGUGGUGCCUAUCUACUGCACCAGCUUCCUGGCCGUGGAGGAGGACAAACAGCAGAAGAUUGCUCGGCUCUUGCAGCUCUGGGAGAAGAACGGCUACUUUGAUGACUCCAUCAUUCAGCAGUUGCAGAGCCCGGCGCUGGGGCUCGGGCAGUAUCAGGCCACGCUCAUCAGCGAGCACUCGGCGGCCGUGCAGCCCGUGCAGCUGGCUUUCCAGCAGCAGAUCCAAACCCUGAAGACGCAGCACGAGGACUUUGUCAGCAGCCUGGCGCAGCCCCAGCCCCAGCCCCAGCCCCUGCCCCUGCCCCAGCUGGACACUGAGGUCAAGGCCACGCCACCCCCAGCUCCUCCACCGGCACCUGCACCGGCCCCAGCCAUCCCGCCCACCACACAGCCUGAUGAGAACAAGCCUCCCAUCCAGAUGCCUGGAUCUUCCGAGUACGACGCCUCUGGGGGCGUGCAGGACCCUGCUGCCCCUGGUCCCCGGGGUCCAGGGCCCCAUGACCAGAUCCCGCCCAGCAAGCCUCCAUGGUUUGACCAGCCGCACCCUGUGGCACCAUGGGGCCAGCAGCAGCCUCCCGAGCAGCCUCCCUACCCACACCACCAGGGCGGGCCUCCCCACUGUCCGCCCUGGAACAACAGCCACGAGGGCAUGUGGGGUGAGCAGCGUGGAGACCCCGGCUGGAACGGGCAGCGUGACGCACCCUGGAGCAACCAACCGGACCCCAACUGGAACAACCAGUUCGAGGGUCCCUGGAACAGCCAGCACGAACAGCCACCCUGGGGCGGGGGCCAGCGUGAGCCCCCCUUCCGCAUGCAGCGGCCACCGCAUUUCCGCGGCCCCUUCCCGCCACACCAGCAGCACCCCCAGUUUAACCAGCCACCACAUCCCCACGGCUUCAGCCGCUUCCCGCCGCGCUUCCUGCAGGACGACUUCCCCCCGCGCCACCCCUUUGAGCGGCCACCCUACCCACCGCGCUUUGAUUACCCACAGGGUGACUUCCCAGCUGACAUGGGGCCGCCUCACCAUCACCCUGGCCACCGCAUGCCUCAUCCUGGGAUCAAUGAACACCCGCCCUGGGGGGGCCCCCAGCACCCCGAUUUUGGUCCUCCGCCCCACGGCUUCAAUGGACAGCCCCCCCACAUGCGGCGGCAGGGGCCCCCACACAUCAACCACGAUGACCCCAGCCUGGUCCCCAACGUUCCCUACUUCGAUCUUCCCGCCGGGCUGAUGGCGCCCCUUGUGAAGCUGGAGGACCAUGAGUACAAGCCCCUGGACCCCAAAGACAUCCGCCUGCCGCCCCCCAUGCCCCCCAGUGAGAGGCUGCUGGCGGCUGUGGAGGCUUUCUACAGCCCCCCCUCCCACGACAGGCCGCGCAACAGUGAGGGUUGGGAGCAGAAUGGCCUUUACGAAUUUUUCCGUGCCAAGAUGCGGGCCCGGCGGCGCAAGGGCCAGGAGAAGCGGAACAGCGGGCCUUCCCGCUCCAGGAGCAGGUCCAAGAGCCGAGGCCGCUCCUCAUCGCGCUCCAACUCACGCUCAUCCAAGUCUUCCGGCUCCUCCUCGCGCUCCCGCUCCCGCUCCUGCUCCCGCUCCUACUCCCGCUCCCACUCCAGGAGCCGCUCCCGCUCCCGUUCCUCCCGCAGCCACUCCCACUCCCGCUCCCGCUCCCGCUCCAAAUCCUACUCGCCGGGCCGGAGACGCCGCUCCCGUUCCCGCAGCGCCACCCCGCCCUCCGCAGCUGGCCUGGGUUCCAACUCUGCACCCCCCAUCCCGGACUCGCGGCUUGGGGAGGAGAACAAGGGUCAUCAGAUGCUGGUUAAAAUGGGCUGGAGUGGAUCUGGCGGCCUCGGUGCCAAGGAACAGGGGAUCCAGGACCCCAUCAAAGGCGGGGACGUCCGGGACAAGUGGGACCAGUAUAAGGGCGUGGGAGUGGCCUUGGAUGACCCCUACGAGAACUACAGGCGCAACAAGAGCUACUCGUUCAUCGCACGCAUGAAGGCCCGGGACGAGUGCAAGUAGUGCCCUGGCACUGGCCCUGGCCUGGCCCGGCUAUUCUCCCUGUACACAGGAAACACGGAGCCUGUUUGAUUUGCGAUGCUGUGUGGGUUUCGUUGUUACCCUAAUAGUUUAGGUCUGGAAUAGCGGCCCCCAGCCAGGGCCCCAGGCCGCGAUUAGCGCAGUUAUUUUAGUUGUCAUUGAAAUCCGAGCCUGCAGUGGCCAAGGCGGUGAGCCCAGUCUACACCGGGCACAGGGCGCCACCUGGUCGGUGCCUACUUGGGACAGGUCUUUCCUAUGUCCAAAGCCGUCCCAGCUGUUGACGGUGACACUUCUGGUUUUGUCUACAGUAGCUGUGAAUUGUUGACACGUGUGGCAUUCAGGACACGUGCACACGUGCUGUUAACCAUUUGUGGGUUUUACUGUUUUUGCCUUCCAAUAAAGAUUUUUUUAACGA